AUGCCACACCUCACCACAUACCCAGAAGUGGAUUUGGCUCUCUUAAAAGUUGGGAUGCGGAGGCUACGAGCGCCCUGGGAUGAGGAUGGUUGCUCACUUGACUACAUUGGGGACGGUCGUGGACUUCUGGUGGUGGUUGUUAGGCUCGAGUGUUUGAUGGUGGUGGUGGUAUCCAACAAGACUCGUGUGUUCAAAAUAGCACCCUAA